CACACAGUCAGUCAGUCAGUAUCAGUAGCCUAUGUAGAACCACGUAGCACCAGCUUUGGAUUUUAACCACCACCACCACCAGCCGAAGCGGCAAUGGAUCUCUUUGAAUUCGACUUUUUCAGAGACUGGGAGCUUGAACAACCAUGUCAUCUGGAGUCGGAUCGCAGCGCCCUGAAGAGGAGAGAGUGGGAGAGGAGGAACCAGGAGGUCCAGCAGGAUGAAGACCUGUUCUCCACUGGAUUCAACCUGUUUGGAGAACCGUAUAAAACUAAUAAAGGUGAUGCUUUGGCCAGUCGCGUCCAGAACACACUGGGCUCCUACGAGGAAAUGAAAGACCUGUUAACCAGCCAUUCUAACCAGAGCCACUUGGUGGGAAUCCCCAAAGGCAGCAACAACCUGCAGACCCCGACCACUUCGACGACAGAGAGACCCGCCAUGGAGUCCCAGCUUUUCAACGAAGCCCUGAGAGGAGGAACAGGUGGGGGAGGAGGAGGAGGAGGAGGAGGAGGAGGAACAGAGGGAGGUGGAGACAAGAGGAUGGGAAACGCUUCUUCCUCGUCAUCGACGUCCAUGCAACCUCCUGCUUCAACCACAUCGUCAUCAAGCGCCACAACGGUCCCACAUCAGAAUUCAAAAAAGUCCCGCAGCUCCAUGGAGUGGUCGAGGGCGGGCCACGGCCAGAGCAGCCAAGGAGCAGGCCUCGUUCUGGGGUUGGCUCAGAACGGCCAGGGCCAGGUCACGGCAGCUACCAGUGGAAGAGGGAAAAUGUCUUUACUGGAGGAGCAGCAGAGACACGAAGAGCUGUUUAGCUCACUCAAAGAUGAACUCGGUCUAAAAGGGGACUCAAGCCCUUCUUCCUCCUCUUCAUCCUCCUCUUCCUCCUCUUCUUCUGGGAGGAGGCACUCUUCCCACCCCUCCAAAACCCUCCCCCUCGCAGACGGUGGCAAUUUUCGAUCUUCCACCAUGGAUGCUGGCCAUUUCAAGUCUUCCACUAACACAGAAAAUGGUGGACAUUUUAAAUCCUCCCCGUUUGAAAAUGAGUCUGGUUCUCACCUCUCCACAUCAUCCUCUCCGCUCGCUUCCACAUCAGUUCUGACGACGCCCACUCCAGGUCUAACCACUCCUACAUCUGGACUGACCACGCCCACCUUCCCACCUGGUAGCCUAUCAGGGAAGCCCAUCGCAGUCCAGCAGAAGCCCACGGCGUAUGUUCGACCAAUGGAUGGCCAGGACCAGGCGCCUAGUGACUCUCCCCAGCUCAAACCCCCUCUAGUGGCCACAGAGGGAUUUAACAGCAGUCAGGCUUACGGAGGAAACUCUGGGAACACGAAGAACAAACUGCCAAAACUGAGUCUCAGCCACACGGGGGAGGUCAGCCUACCAAAUGACUCCAGCUGUGUUGAAGAGAUUUUGCGGGAGAUGACCCAUUCCUGGCCUCCUCCGCUCACAGCCAUACACACUCCUGGGAAGGCUGAGCAGACCAAGUUCCCCAUCCCAAACAAGGAGUCACAGCAUGUGACCUCCGGCUACAACACCCAGAAGCGAUGUACUGUAUCAGCUAACAAGCCUGCUGCGAAACCACCAACUGCACCACAGAAGUCAAUGUUGGAGGAUGACCUGAAGAUCAGCAGCGAUGAGGAAGAGGCCGAACAGCAGGUGACUGACAAGCCCAAAGCCAGAGGCACAGCUCUAAGUGGAGCAUCAGGGAGCAGCAGCGAAUCAGAGAGCAGCUCAGAGUCGGACACAGACGAAUCAGAGAGCAGCUCCAGUGACAGCGAGUAUAAUCAGGCCUCCCGCACACACACUCCAGAGCCUGAGCCGCCCUCAGCCAACAAGUGGCAGCUGGACAGCUGGUUGAAUAAGGUCCAAGCUCAGACCAAACCCCUGGUUCCCCCACAGCAGGAACAUGGCACAGGCUCCAUCACCCAGGGUCCGGGGAUUUUCUCCCCGCGGAGUGAAGCACCAGGGGCGGGUACGGCUGCCAAGGCCAAGCCCUGCGGAUCCACCAGCACCCCGGUUCCAGCUGCACCCACGGUGGAGCACAAGGACACGAGGGGAGCCUUCUGCCCAGGCAGAGAGAAGGCCAAGGCCAAGCUCAGCCAGAAGGCCUCAGGGGAGGGCCAGCGGUCAAAGAUGAGGAUGUCGCCAGGCCUGUUGUCAGGGCCAGAGGUCACCACCCCGAGGAGAAACACCACGGGGAAGAAACAGCCCAGACGGACGGAGAGGUCAAACAGUGCAGAGGAGAAUCAGAGCCAGACAUGGAGCAGAACAAACCAGCAUAGCCCCGCAGCUAGGGAGAAGGACCUGUUGCCUCCCCCCUCCCUGGAGCUUCAGAACCCCCCAAGGCCACGAAGCAAACCCCCCAGUGGGAAAACAGCCCCCAGGAAAGAGCCUCGCAGUGCUACCAACUCAAACAACAACACAGUUACUCCACCAGCACCGCUGCAGCAAACCCCCGUGCCAAUACCUGCUGUCAGUGUAAACCAGGACAAGAGGAAACACAGAGGUCCAAGCACCAAAAUCACACCCAAGUCCAGAGAAUUUAUCGAAACAGAUUCCUCCUCCUCGUCCUCUGAGUGCCAGUCGGAUUCAGAGGAAGCCAUCAAAAUCCCCACUCUGCCACCUCAGACGACACGCUCUGCGAUUAACACACAGACUCUGUCCAACACACACAUACACACGCCUCUCCUCCCAUGCCUCAGCUCUGCUGGCAGCAUGGGGACGUUUGGAGGGAAGGGACUCCGAGUCAAAGAUGGUAGCAAUGUGACCACUAAUGGUAGCAGCAGUAGUAAUGGUAGCAUCAGCAGUGGUAGUAAUGGCAGCAGUAGUAGCUGUAACUCCCUAAGCAUUAGCAACAUAAGUGGUUCGUUUGGCACUUCAGUCCCUGAUCCUGGAGGGUUAGGAGGACAGUGCAAAGAGCCAGAGUCCAUGUCCCCUCCCCCCAACAUCGGACUAGAGGUGCCUCUGUCCCCCUUAAGGGAAUACCAAGAGAUCCAGAGUUUAUGGGUGAAAAUUGACCUGAGUUUGCUCAGCAGGGUGCCUGGCCAGGGUUUGGGGGACAGAUCCAGACUGGCAGAAAGGGAAGGACGUGAGGCGAGAGACAGAGAAAGACAGGGGGAGAGGAUAGGGGUGGCCGAAAGAGAAAAACAGAAGCAGACUGAAAGAGAGUGGCCGGGGCUGAGAGAGAGGCAGAAACUAGCUAAAGGGGAAAAGCAAGAGGAAGAAAAUGAGCGAUUAGUGCAGGACAGAGAGAGGCAAGGUGACAGAGACAGAUUAACGGAGAGAGAGAGGCAGCAGGUGGACAGAGAGGACAGAGAGAGAUUGGGGCUUGGGGAGAGGGACAGGACAACGGGGAGGGACAGAGAGAAGGUAUGCCAAGGUCUGGGGGUCCUGGACAACCCCCCUUUACAAGAGCAGAGUAAUCCCAGGCUGGCAGGGAGGACGGAGAGAGGAGAGAGCGGAGGCAAACACAGGAGGCAGGCAGCUGGAAACAUGGUGGUCCCAACAGAGAAACACACUAGCAAGAGCAAGAGGAAACACAAGUCGGACCACAGUGAUUCAUCAGUCAACGGCAAUAAGAAGCUGCGAUUGGACAAAGACUGUCAGCUGCUCCCGCCCUGUAUCUCUCCAAUACACAACCACAAGAACAGCUCCACAGACAGCUCACUAAACAGGAAGCAGUCUCGGCGGCGCGAUGACAAGCUGCUCCCGCCCCUCCUGUCCCCGCUCUCCGACGACCCCCCUCGUAAACGAACCUGUGACAGCAGUUCCUCUCUCAGCCAGGAGGGCGGCGCCGCUGGGGUGCUGCCCUGCCCCACCUCCUCCUCCUCUUCCUCUUCAUCACACAGACACAGGAGAGGUGAAGGCAAGGUGUCAUCACAUGCGAGAAAUGGCAGUGAAGUUGAUACCAACGGCGAGAAGCCCAACGGAGAUGCUUACCAUGCCAACGGACAGUCAGACUCAGAGGUGUGGUCGGAACCGCUGAUAGAACCUGCCGAACCUCGCAGGCCCAGACUGUCAUUCAGCGACACAGUUCACAGUGCAGACUACUACAUGCAGGAGGCCAAGAGACUGAAGCACAAGGCUGAUGCUUUGAUGGACAAAUUUGGUAAAGCGGUGAACUACGCAGACGGCGCCCUCUCCUUCAUAGAGUGUGGGAAUGCGAUGGAGCGAGAUCCGCUAGAGGCCAAAUCUCCGUAUACCAUGUACUCUGAGACUGUGGAGCUAAUCAGGUAUGCCAUGAGGCUGAAGAACUUCACCAGCCACUCAGCCACCGUCGCUGAGAAGAAGCUCGCCGUGUUGUGUAACCGCUGUCUGUCUCUGCUGUAUCUGAGGAUGUUCCAUUUGAAGAAAGACCACGCUGUCAAGUACUCGCGGUCGCUCAUGGAGUACUUCAAGAAUUCAGCCAAGAGCUCCCACCAAGCACCUUCUCCCUGGAGGACCAAUGGGAAGGUCAAUGGGACUCCAUCUCCCCUCUCACUCAGCCCCUCCCCAGCCAGCAGUGGAGGUGGAGGAGCAGGGGGAGGAUCUGGAGGAGCCCCAGGCUCGUCAGGAAGUGUGGCUAUUCCCCAGCGGAUUCACCACAUGGCUGCCAGUCACGUUAACAUCACCAACAACAUCCUGCGGAGCUAUGAACACUGGGAGACGGCUGACAGACUGGCCACUGAUAGCCAAGAGUUUUUCCAGGAGCUGGACUCUGUGAUGGAGGCGUUGAGUCAGCAGAGCAGCAUGACAGAGCUGGUCCGAUACAUCAGACAAGGACUGCACUGGCUCCGCUUAGAGGCUCACCUGCUGUAAGGACUGGACCAGAGCCAAAACACAAAAAAAAGAUAAAGAAAUGGGCCUGGGAGCUAGAACUGGGAUAACAAGUGAGAUGAGACUCAUGACGAUGCUUCAGUUCCCACUGGGAUCCUUCAAAUGACCCGACACCACCCACAGUAAUGUAACGGCACAGACUGGGUGGAUUAAUUGGGCUGAAAUUCACCUGCAAUUAGGACUGAACAGUAAUUAAGUUUGGGAAUUUCAACUGUGAAUCACAGAAUACAAAUUAGCACAUUAAACAUUUGGCUGAUGCUGCUUUUUGGAGCGACUGUAUAUCAGUCCAGGUAGCUUAAACUCCUAAAGGGACAAUAGAUGUUACAAACCUCCCCGUGUCCCUGAAUAGAAAUAAGAAGCAGAGAGGAAAGGUAAAAGGGUUUUUUUUUACUAAGAGAGGAUCAUUUUCAAAAAGAUAUGUGAGAGGCUGAUGUGAUUAAGGAGGCUGAAGGUAAGGAAGGAGCUCAACAGAGGCUCAUCUGCUCCAGCAGUGGCCCAGAAAUGUGUCUGUGAUUGGGACUAGAAUUAAAGCCUCAGGCUGAUAUCGAUCCAAGUUGAGUACCGGUCCAAUCCAUUAGAUAAGGACCAUGCUGUUAAAGGAAAGCGGCUCACCUACAACCACUAGAGCUGAAUUGAUGGAGGCUGAAUUUAUUCCUCUGUUGUGUAUUCUUUCAGUAAUUUAACAGCUCACAGUAAUUAGUCACAGGGAUACUAAAUGGUUUCUGCAGAAGGACUGUUAUGAUGCCAUUGUAGAUGACAAGGCUGUCAAAUUCAUGUUUUUUAAGUUCUAAUCCUUAAGAAUUUCAUCACAUCAAACUUGGUACAAUUUAUGGCUGCCAUUUAUUCUGCCUCAUCCGUUGAAUGUAUUAACACUUAUUAGUUACCUUUCAUAUAAUUGUGCAGCCAUUCCUGUGCUGGAUUUGAAUGCUGUACACAUGCACUUUUUAUGCCCAAGUCAAACCAAAGUGCAAACCAGAAUUUUAAAACACACCUGUAUUGAUAUCCAGUUUUAAGUAACUAUGUCACUUCCAGUAGUCAGGUCGACCGCGUAACUACCGUAUUUCCUCAAAUAGUAGCCGGGGCUUCUAUUAAUAAAAAAUCAGUUUGGGACCCGGCUAAUAAUAGGGGCGGGCUAUUAUUUGAAGGAGGCUUUUGUUAAAAAAAGAAAAUCAGAGCAGCUCUGACCGGGACUUUUUAGAGUGUUUUACACAGCGCAUUGUAGCCAGUUACCUGGAUGUCGGCCAUAUUGGAAGUACUCGGAUGUAAACAAACAACGAACAGCACGCUGAAUGUUCAUUUUAAGCAGGAUUUAAAAUGUCUAAACUACUAAAAAGCUUAGAAGAACGAGCAUAAACGGCUCGACUUUACGGAGAAUGACUAGGACAGCAGGAGAAACAACGAUAUUUACCUACAGUACUAACUCAUGUGGCCAAACUUCAAAAUACAGGUGUUGUGUGGAAAUCUGUUACCGUCAAAUGAUGUUUCCUGAAUGGUGUUCUCCGUAGCAUCACCUCCACGGUUGGAGUUAGGAUUUAAGUUUAAGGUUAGGCCUUGUAGAGAGAACUGUUUGGGGUUAAGGUAAACUUGGGCUCAUGUUAACAACUUAAAGGAGGACUGGUUGGGGUCAGGGGUCAGGUUGGUGCAGGUUAAGGUAAGGGGGACACAUAUCGACGGGGGAACAGACUUUGACAUAACACCGGUAAAAGAGGCCGGCUUUUAUUUACUAAAAAUUGUUUUUACACCCGGUUACUAAAUGAGGCUGGUCAUUAAUAGGGGCCCGGCUUUAAAUUGAGGAAAUACGGUACUUCACUUCCAGUAUUUACGUACAUUUAUUUACUGUUUAAACUGUCUUUUAUAACGCCUUGCUGGGAAUUGUUUUGACCUAAACCUAGAUCAGUGGUUUUGUAGCCUUAAUUCAAUGAAACUGCUGCCUUUUUUUCCCACAAACUGUACAUGUAUGUAUAAUGACGUGCAAUAUUUUUAGAAUGCUCCGCGAACCGCGAGAUGGGUCAUUUUGACCAAAAGCUCAUAUGGAAUCAAACCUGAAAUCAAAAUUGUCGUGAGAUAGCAACUAGAUGGCAACUCGGUGUGCAACCGACCCUUUUUUUUAACAGAGAGCGCCAUCUAGUGGGCCCAGAAAAUAAAGAAAAUGGUUCAUAAAGCUUCAUUUGGCAAUCACUAGCUGUAACACCCUGGCUACCAAGGCAACUCCAGUCACAGGCACUUUGAAGAGGAAACAUUUUUGCAUCUGUACAUGUUAAUCUACAGCCAAAAAGAACACAUCAAACCUACAAUUUAAACAGAUACGCAAGAUUCUCCUCUUCUUUUGCUGUAGCUACUCAAAUCUCGUUUCCUGCCCAAGUGAUCGAUGAAAAUGUAAUUUCAAAAGGACUUAUAAAAGACUAGCAUUAUUAAGACCUUGUUAGUGUUACCAUUGGUGAUCACAGGUGUCUACAUAAACCACAAGUGAAAUCUUAAGGGUUAUAAUUUUGAAUCUGGUUUUUCAUUCUUAAUUCUGCAUUAGUUUCUGGAUCAAGAAAUCUAAUUAUUCAUGUUAAAACCUCUAUCUGGGUCCAGUUUCUGUUUUAAACAUCAAACAAUGAGUGAACAGGAUGAAGAAUUUGAUGUUUGACUCCAGCUUUUCAUACUUGAUAGUUUUUGAUACCCAUUUCCAUGGACACGUUUUGGUCCCAAAAGCAGUGAUGUGCCAAUGAAGCCUUAUGAACCAUUUUUUUUAUUUUCUGACUCCACUAGAUGGAGCUCUCUGUUCAACAAAGAGCUGAAAACACACUGAAUUACCAUUGCUUUA